CACCACAACCACCAAAAAAAGAUAGACAGGGAGGGACAGACAGAGUGUGUGUGAGAGAUAGACUCAGGAGUUGAACUCAGGAUGCCAGCGUACGCCACCAACAUGAGGCUCAAGUUCCCCAUCGUGGCCUUGGUUUUGGAGAUUAUCACCAUUAUUUUGUUUGGAAUGUUUGUUGUCUACGACGAUGGAAAACAUCAUGGACAUGGACAUGAUGACCAUGAUGACCACUCCAAUAAAACUGAACAUAAGAAGGAACCUAUGGACCUCUACCCUAUGUUCCAGGACGUCCAUGUCAUGAUCUUCAUUGGUUUCGGGUUCCUGAUGACUUUCCUCAAGAGAUACGGCUUCAGCAGCGUUGGCAUCAACCUCCUCCUGGCCGCCUUCGGCCUGCAGUGGGGCCUCCUCAUGCAGGGCAUCUGGCAUCUGGAGGACGGAAAGAUUAAAGUCGACAUCUUCAAAAUAAUCAACGCAGACUUCAGCACAGCCACAGUCCUGAUCUCGUUCGGUGCUGUUCUGGGUAAAACCAGCCCUGUGCAGCUCCUGAUCAUGACCAUCCUGGAGAUCACCAUCUUCUCUAUCAAUGAGCACCUGGUGGCUACGGUCCUGGAGGCUAAUGAUGUUGGAGCCUCUAUGAUCAUCCACGCCUAUGGAGCCUACUUUGGCCUCGCAGUGGCUCGGGUUCUCUACAGACCAGGUUUAAGAAACGGACAUGAGAAUGACGGAUCUGUUUAUCACUCUGAUCUGUUCGCUAUGAUCGGAACUGUCUUCCUGUGGAUGUUCUGGCCCAGUUUUAACUCUGCCAUCGCUGACCCGGGCUACACUCAGCUCACUGCAGUCAUCAACACCUACUUGUCCCUGGCCUCCUGUGUGCUCUCUGCCUACGCCAUCUCCAGUCUCGUGGAGCACAAAGGGAAGCUGGACAUGGUGCACAUUCAGAACGCCACCCUGGCUGGUGGUGUUGCCGUGGGCACGUGUGCUGACAUGAACAUUGGACCAUUUGGCGCUAUGCUGAUUGGAUUAGUAGCUGGCAUCAUUUCUACCCUGGGCUUCAAGUUCCUGACUCCCAUUCUGGCAUCCAACCUGGGCAUUCAGGAUACAUGUGGAGUCCACAAUCUGCACGGCAUGCCUGGCAUCUUGGGUGGGCUGGCUGGUAUUGUGGCUGUAGCUUUGGGGAAAAAAAAAGUAAGUGGUAAAGCUGAAAUGCAAGCUGCUGCUUUGGCUUCAUCCCUCGGGUUCGCUGUGGUCGGAGGUGCCGUAACAGGUUUCAUAAUGAAGUUGCCGUUCUGGGGACAGCCUCCAGACCAGAACUGCUUUGAUGAUUCUAUUUACUGGGAGGUUCCUGCGGAGGAGGAUGAGAACGAGGAGAGCUUGGCUCAUGCCGAUCACUCAAAGAACAAGGCGGAGGUUUAAGGAUCUGUUCACUGAGUCCACUGACCAACCAAUAAAGAAUAAGUGGAUAAUAGAAACCAGCUACACAAUGACCGCAGAUGAAGACUUACCAGCCAAGAUCAUUUUACUCUGUUUUGCAGUUUUGAAGCUUUACGAGUAAUGACGUCUAAUAUCUAUACGCACAUCUGAUCUCCACUACACUUAUCAGGGUAUUUUUCCAUUAUAGUCCCUUAUAAACAACAUGAGUAAUCUGACUGUGGCGACUGAUGUGAGAGCGAGUAAAUUAAUUCCAUGUAAUCACAAAAAAUUCAUUUCAAAGGAGAGCAGCAACCUUCAGGGAUCUUUUUAACAUCAAUCAGUAUUUUUCCACAGCGCACAUAUCAUAGAUUCACUGCUGAUACACACGUACUUCUAUAAGCUUUUCCUUAUUUCAUUUUUAUAUCUUGAGAAGCAUUAAAGCAUGUUUUGACAUUUUAAUUUAGUGUAUUUUUUUUUCAUACCUUCUUUUGUAUUUCCAUGACAUACAUUAUGUAGUAUCUAUGCUGAGGCUCAGGUCACAGACAGGAAUCACACUUAGUUUUACCUGCUGCUGCUGCUUCAUGUUACCUCACAGGAGCCCAGUCCUUUUGCAGGGAGCCCGAGUGGACCGUGUGAAGUCUGAAGCAGCUCUGACACGGGCAGGGAUAGUCGCAAAAAGCUCUUGUAACUAAUGGACCUUCAUGUGGUUUAACUUCCGCUGCUUCUGAGCAUCGUCUACCUACCUGAGGGCAGCUGUACACGAUUUUAAAGCAAUGACGACUUAGCACUUAGUAUUAAAUCACCUGUCACAGAGCAAGCUGCGGUUUAGUUUUUUUCAGUUUUUCUAUAUACAUCCAAUGUAUUCUUACAUGUACAUACAGAUUAGUUUUUAGAUGGAGUGACAUCGUCGGUUUUAUCACGGCCCUGUACGGUCAAAGAAAACUGGUACUGAUUACUUUUCAAGUAUCUUUACAGAGAAAACAGAAAUUAAAUACUUCUUUUUCUAUUUAGUCUGCAUAUUGAAUCAUCAUCAUCAUCAUCAUCACCAUCAUGUAGUUACAGAACCGUCAUUUCUUUAUUCGGCCUUCUCAUCGUUGAAGUUGUAUGAAGGAAAGGUUUUUAUCGUGUGAAACAUCCAAACAUGAGACUACAGAGGCAGAUUAAACUGACUACACUUUCUUAUCAAUGGUAUUUUGGUUUUGUCAAACAAUUUGCAAUGCCAAGAACACUGAAACGCAUCAAGAUUUUGUAUUUUUAUACAGUGGGUGUGUGCUCUUAUUUGUAUAAUAUACUAAUACUUUCAUAAUAAAUAUGUUUUUGUACAAUA